AUGUUUUCCAAAUCCAACAACGCAGCAACUUUGGGUGUUGGAAGCAUUAUGGGCUUCCUGCUAUUACCUCAUACGCUUCGCCAGCCAUGGGUCAAAUCUUUCUGUUACCUCCUCGUCGGUACAUUAAUUUUGAACAAUUCUCAGAUUGAUUGGACCAAGGUUAGUCUGGCCAUGUUUUCUUUGAGCAUGUUGGCGAUCUUAGGAGCUGGAUCAGCCUGGAUGCUCAUGGCAGCCUAUUUCCGACGCCAGUUGGUCCUCAUGGGUGAUCAAAACGGCGGCAAAGCAAACGACUUCAUUGGCCGACCUCUUCUCUUUCCAACCAAACUGUCCCAUUCUCGUAUGUUUCCUGAAAGAUAUAACUAUUGGUAUAGCUAUUUUGUUGUUGGCAUACCGGUGGGGCUUAGCGGGCAUAUCGGAUCUGUGCUAUCGAUAGAUGAAACCCGGUCAGACGAGGGUGGAGUGGUAACGCAAAGCGCCUCUCGCAGCUGCUGGUUCACGAUAGAUCAUCGGUACUACCUGGAUCACGGGGACAAUCCAAGGGGUCUAGAGGGAAAGCUUCACGCGUUCCUACAAUCCAAGGGCGAGAACCCAAUCCAAUGGCCAUAUGCAUAUAUGAUCAGCACGCCACACUUUUUGUGGUCUACCAAGAAUACAGUCUCCUGGUUUUUCCUGUAUUCAGAUAGUAGGGCACUUGAUGCUAUGGUGUUGGAGAUCAAUAACUCUUUUGGGGAAAAGAAGCUGGUCUUCUUCCGCUUCAGUCCUUUUGGCCAAGAGAUCGAGCAGCGUGAGGAACCAGACAACGUGGACAGCGCCAUAGCUACCACCAAUGAAGGACCGCAGUCAAUGAACUUCCUUCAAUCAAGGUCCAAAUUCAAGACUUAUAAAGCAAAAUGGGACAAGGACAUGUUCAUUUCUCCCUUUGAAAAGGUAGAAGGCUACCUGGUCACUAGUUGCGAUGAUCCAUGCAAUUCUGUCUCGGGCAACAAGGGGCCUUUCAAUACCAACUCGACACUCUUCUCUCCGGACGGAAAGCCAAAAUUGAUCAGUCGAGUAUUCUCCUGGGGACAGCCAAUUGAUCCGCUAUCUGAUUCAGCCGGGAAGCUUAUCAAAUUCCUUGCGGGAUGGUGCUUUGUCGGAGCGUUAACAAAAUUCCGGAUUCUUCACCAGGCGUUUCGUGUUUGGUCCCGCGGCAACCUAACUUAUCUGCAGAAGCCAGAGGUCAGAAAAGAGAACAUUUCUCGUAUCGGGACAGAAGUUGAAAGAUCUUUCGAGUCUUACUUUCGCAUGUAUAUCUCUUUUCUUGCAGCAAAUACUCCAUUCCCAUUGCAGAUCACCUACAAGCCCUCUGCUUCUCCUACUCUGUGCCCCGAGGAGUUUUAUUCCAUAUCGGCAAAGUCAGAGACGACAGAGAUGCAGAAACUCACUAUUCAAGUUCUGACUCCGGGUGUUUACAUCGCUAUAUUGGGCCACACUAAUGCAGCACAAGGUUUUGAUGCUCAGAUUCAACCCUCGCCAGUUCCAGCGGAUAACUCAUCCAACUCUCUCUGGGUUUCUGAUAGGCCCCUUAUAGAGCAACUCCUUGCGUGUGCCGAUUCAGCCACUUCUGCACCAGAAAUCUCUCUCACGUGGGGACACAGAAGUAGAAAAUGGCUGAUCACCUGGCUCCGGAAGUCAAAAUCCACCGAACUGACUUUUGUGGAUCGAUUUGUGUAUCGCCGCCUAUGUGCAAACAUGCAGAGAGAUUAUCAAUAUCGGAUGAUUCGGCUUCUUCUCCCUCACCGGUUCGGGCUUCUGGCCUCCGACGGUAUGCUUUUCGCGUACAACGCCAUCGGACGGGUGAUCAUUGCAUGCUUAGGGCUGCGAUUGGCUUAUCGAAGUAACAUCGUCUCGCACUUCGCGAAACUUGAGGACCUUUCAAUCGCUUUGAGCGUAUGCAUGUUGCUAUAUGGAACUUGGAAGUUGGGUAGCUCUUACUAG